AUGCAGGGGUUGGAUCUGGAUCGGGAUCGAGAUCGGGAUCUUUAUAUGGAGCAGUAUCUGUUUGUGGCUGGAAAUAGCGAUGCAUCCAACACCAUCUGUUGUGUGCCAGUGUGCCUGAAGGGCAAGAACUGGGCCCGUCCAAGUGCCCAAGUGGAUCUGGGUCUGGGUCUGGGACUGGGUCUGCCUAUGGGUCCCGGGGCUGGCCUGUCCAUCAUCAUCGAUUCCCGAUCCCCGAGUCCCGAUUCAAGGGCGACUGCUCCUUAUCGCAAUCCCCUGGACGAAUGGCAGGACAUGUCAUUAGGCGGGCUUCGCUUCAGUUGCAGCUCGAUUAUGGCCGGGACUAGAGUGGAACUCUGUUCGCGAUUCCUGCUCUUGUGGCAGUAUCGUCUUGCUCGCGUUCUAUCGCUGCUCUCCUCCAAAUUGGACAAGGAGAAGCUGCAGCUAAAGCCCCCAAAAAGGGGCAGCAACAAUCGCAUCCUCAGUAUCCUGUGGCGUUGUUUGUUGGUAUUUAUCUACGCAGGAGUUUGGCCAACAUUAACUGCACCGGCUAUUGGCAAUAGAAUAGAAAGCUAUGCGGAUUUAAUGGCCGUACUUCAGGUCCUUUCCGUUUCCGUUUUGGCAAUUAUAUCAUUUAUAAUCCAGGCGAAGGGGGAGGAUAAGUUCCAAAAGGUUUUGAAUAGAUAUCUGUGCCUUUACCAAAGGAUAUGUGCCACUACCCGUUUGAAGCAACUGUUCCCACCGAAAUUUGUGGUUUUCUAUAUGCUAAAAUUGUUUUUCACACUCUGCGGUUAUUUUCAUGAAUUUGUACCGCUGCUCAAGGAAGAGCACUUUGAGAACGUCGCACGAAUGGUGGCUGUCGUUUUUGGCAUUUACAUGUGGUGUGGAACGGUUUUUGUUUUGGAUGCCUGUUUCCUGGGAUUUUUGGUAUCCGGAAUCAUGUACGAACAUAUGGCUGCGAAUAUUUCGGCUAUGCUGCAGCGGAUGGAACCGAUAGAAUCGCAGGAGGAGGGAAAGCGAAUGAGUCACUAUCGCAGGAUGCGACUCCUGUGCGAUUUCGCUGAUGAGUUGGAUGAAUGUGCCAUGAUCUACAGUGAGCUCUAUGAAGUCACUAACGCCUUUCGCAAAAUGUUGCAAUGGCAGAUCCUCUUCUAUAUUUACUACAACUUUGUAAACAUUUGCCUGAUGCUCUACCAAUAUAUUCUUCACUAUCUAAAUGACGAUGAAGUGGCUUUGGUGUCGUUGGUCAUGGCUUCUGUUAAGUUUGCCAAUCUGGUUUUGCUAAUUAUGUGUGCGGAUUAUACGGUGAGGGAGUCACAAAUGCCGAAGAAAUUGCCUUUGGAUAUAGUCUGCAGCGAUAUGGAUCAGCGUUGGGAUAAGAGUGUGGAAACUUUCAUCAGUCAGCAGCAAACACAGCGACUGGAGAUUAAAGUAUUGGAAUUUUUCCAUCUGAACAACGAGUUUAUCCUGCUCAUCCUAUCCGCCAUUAUAUCGUAUCUCUUUAUACUUCUUCAGUUUGGCAUAACAGGGGGCUUUGAGGCCUCCGAUGAAAUUAAAAAUCAGUUUGAUUAA